GAUAAUGCGGUGGACGAAUCCCCGUUCCUCACUUGGAGCCCAUCGAAGCGGAUGACAAGAAAUCUCGUUGGAUUUGGCACCGAGAAGGUGUUGGAUCGCCACCGCGACGAUGACCACGCAGCGAAUUGCACAUCGAUAAGGGAAUGUUUUGUUGCACCUGAGGCUCGUACCUGCACAUCGGCAUCGCUGGAAUUCGACGCUGUCCUGCUGAUUCCACCAGUGAGGAAAUCAUGAAACUGGUUGUGUCUAUAAUUGGCGAAGAGGUGUGAUUUUGCUGCGAGAGGGAUUAUGGGCAACGGCAAUGAGGAAAGAGUUGUGUGGUCGUCGCAUUUAGAGUUUUUUUGAGCGGGCGAGAGCGAGAUAGAGGAGAAAGAGGGAGAAUUUGGCUUUCAUGGAUAAAAUGGGUGUUCUCGUUAGAAGCCCAUUGCCGACGGGGACGAGCAUGACAGGAUGGUCGACUUCGGGGGCGAUGAUGUGCUCAAAUUUUCAAAUGGAUUUGAAGAGAUUCGCAGGUUGCAGAGGUUUAGGGUUUGGCAAUUCUAAUUCUAGGUGCUUGGAGAGUAGACGGCAGAGAAUUGGAAGCCCGGUGCCAUGGGAUACUUGUGCGAUGAUUCGGAGUCGUCUGGGGAGAAGCGCUGCUGCAGUAUGUCGUGCUUCGUCGUCCGUUUCCUCUAGUGCCGCCUCGGAAUCUGUAGGACCUGAUGGAAGUGACGUUUUGGAUCCCAAUGAAGAACUUCGGAAUAAACCAGUGUGGAGUUAUUUUAUCCCCAUGAGAAGAACCUUUCCGCUUAUCGAGCCCUUCAUAUAUACUGAAGUGGGAUUAAUUCUGCAGGGAUGGGUUUGUACUGCAAUCGCUGUGGGCGCACUGUUUUUGACUGUUCCGCAAAUUGGUAAUCUAUCCAACUUGUUAUCGAAGGGUGAUAUGCAGCAGUUGGUUCCAAAGGCAGGGGUGGUACUGACCUUGGUAAUGGUGAGGUCAAUUGCUCAAUUUUGGCAGCAAGCGUUUCUGUGGGAAGCAGCUUUGAAAAUUACAUACAAGCUGCGGGCGCACGUUUACGAAAGAGUGCUAGAGCGAGACUUGGAUUACUUCGAAGGUGGAAAAAGCGGUGCUGCAACUGGAGAUGUUGCCUUUCGGUUGACAGCUGAGGCAGAAGAUGUCGGUGAUACUGUUCAUUCCCUGUUACAUAUGUUGGUACCUAGUGCGCUUCAGUUGGGUGCCAUGGGUUUUCGGAUGGUUUCAUUGAGUCCGCUCCUUUCUAUCGCAACUAUAUCAGUGAUCCCUUUGAUGUUUGUUGUUAUAGCUAUGUUGGGGGAAAAGUUACGACUUCUCUCAAAAAAUGCACAAACAAGUAUCGCAGGCAUUUCAGCAUAUUUAAAUGAGGUUUUACCUGCAAUGUUCGUAGUGAAAUCGCGUGCUGCCGAGGCCUUUGAAAGGAGAAAAUUUGAGAAUCUUGCAAAGUCGGACUGGCAAGCACACUUAGGAAAGAAGAGAAUGAAGGCUUUUAUACCCGAGAUUAUCACUGCUGUAUAUGCAGCUACUGCUAUUGCCCUCUUCGGUGUGGGCACGUGGAUUAUAUCUCAGGGGAAAUUUGAUGGCGCCGGCAUGGUGGCAUUCGUGACAUCUUUGGUCCUUUUGAUUGAACCAAUCCAGGCUAUGGGCAAAGCCUACAAUGAGUUGAAGCAAGGAGAACCAGCAAUUGAACGUCUAUUUGACUUGACAAAUUUCAAACCCAAGGUAGCUGGGGAAGGGCGAACAGCAAUAUUGGAGAAGGUCGCAGGGGAAAUAGAGUUCUGUAAUGUUGGAUUCCGGUACAAGGAUACUUCUAAGUGGGUGCUGAAUGAUUUCUCCUUGAAAGUUCGUGCGGGAGAGACAGUGGCACUUGUAGGACCCUCUGGAAGUGGGAAAAGUACGUUAGCCAAGCUUCUGCUUCGCCUGUACGAUCCUGUUCAAGGAAGUAUACGAAUUGAUGGACAUGAUAUAUGCGAUUUAGACAUAUGUAGUUUAAGGAAGCACGUUGCGAUCGUUCCUCAAGAAACGACAUUAUUUACUGGCACCGUGGCAGAGAAUAUUGCUUAUGGUGAUAUCAGUGAAACGCUUGACAUGGAAAGAAUAGAGGAAGCUGGACGAAUGGCUAAUGCUGACGACUUCAUAAAGAAUCUUCCAAAUGGUUAUUACACACACUUGGGUGACCGUGCUACAACCCUCAGUGGGGGACAGCGCCAGAGGUUGGCUAUUGCUAGAGCAGUUUACCAAGGGGCGUCUGUUCUGAUACUCGAUGAGUCGACAUCUGCUCUUGAUACUAAGUCAGAGAAGCUUGUGCGUGAAGCCUUGGAGGGCCUGAUGGUCGACCACACUGUGAUUGUCAUCGCUCAUCGACUCGAAACAGUACGACGAGCUGAUCGAAUUUUCUUACUAGAUUCUGGCACGUUGGUUGAAGAAGGAACGCACUCCACCCUAAUUGCAAAAGGUGGACAGUAUGCGUCUCUGUUUUCCAUGCAGGACAGUAAUAGUACACUGCAGAAGAUACCUAGCCAGACGUUUUGAGAUGAGAAUGAACCGUUCUUACAAUUCAAUGUAGCAUAGACAUGAUUUGUAUUUUUAAAAAAUUUAAUGAUAGACUUGUAAGUUGAUUGCCUUCAAUACUUCAGACACAUUUUGGAUGAGAAGAGAAAAAUUA